AUGCCUGUUAUAAUUCUGAUGGGAAGGUCGAGGAUGUAUUUAGAGGAGCUGCGCAGCUGUCUAUCGGCGCACUUUCGAGUUGUUCAUCUGGACGAUGAGUUCCGAGUCAUAAGAAGCAAGCUUAGCAACAUGGAUCCAGACACAGCAUACAUAGUGGAGAAUUGUGAAAUGAAACCACAGAGGUAUGAGAUUUAUUGCUUGGCAAAGCGCAACGAGACUUCAUACUGUAUCUUGGCCGAUGGAGAACUUUCAUCUUCGAAGCAUGAUGCCCCUAUCUUCUAUGCCAAGGAAAGUCUACCUACAAAAGAAAUUCUGGAUUGCCUCGAGCUCAAGCUCAACUGUAGUGCUGCACACAAGAAGAAGAUUGUUGGGCCAAACUAUUUGAUGGAUCUUAAGAAGAUCAUAAACCAGGUCAACAACGAGAUGCCUGAAGGCUCCAGACCCGUUCUCAAGGAUUGUGAAGACAAGAUCUUGAGGAUGAUUAAACUUAAUCCCAUGGAACUCGACGGGCUUGAAGGAGUGUAUAGAGAAAUUGUCCGGAGUGAGUUGGCUGCAAGGGGAUUUGAUCUUUGA